AUGGAUCGCUACACGCCCGAGCUCUCGAUGCUUCGCCUGAAGCGACGCCGAGACGACGACGUCCUGUCCAGCAGUCGCCUUCCGCGAGCGAAGAAGGUCGCGUAUACUCCAACAGGUAUUUUCGACUUUAUGCGUCUCUCAGCAGAAGGCGCCGAGUUCGUCAUUGAUUGGCACUCUGUCCACGCAUUCCUCGAGAGCUUCUACCCGAACGAAGAAGAGUAUGGAAGCGGUCCCAAAAAGCUCAUCAUUCAGUACGAAACGGCUUUCGACUGCACGCUCGAUCGACCAACAGAGAUCAUCCAUCUAGUGCGACUGGGCUUGGCUUUCAAGGGACUGGAAGUACGCAUCAUCCAUUUCGAGGAUUGUACUCCCGCCGGAGUCUCCAUCACCAAGCUGGUACAGUAUGGUGGUUGUACACGUCUCGGAACUGAAGACACUGCGCUAGUCAAGGAAGCGAAGCGGAAGUGGCGCGUUGCUGUACAGGAGUACGAGGUGAAGAGUGUAGCCAUCACUAUGCAAUCUCCGGAAGAAGCCGUGGAUGUUCAUGUUAAGUUCAGCGAGCAGUUCGCCUCAACGACGGGUACCACCGGUGUUGACGGCCUAUGGGACGAGAUAAUGGUAUGA